UAUCCUUUCUUGGAGAUUAACAAUGAAUAUAACAGAUCCUUAUUAUGAUGCGUCAGACUGUGGGACUUCAGUACAAGUAUACUGAAGCCGAUUUAAAGAAAGCGCGUGCUUUUCUGUUUGUAUUUGGUGCGCUAUAUAUGAGCUGAAUCAGACUUUGACUUUGGGGAGUGUGCGUCAAAACGCGUCUCUUAUUCACGCUAACAAAGUGCGCGUCAAACAUACCCGUACGGUCUGCACGCCACGGCCUCUGCGGAUAAAUAGCACACAAAAUGCAAAUCUCCUGCCACUGAUUGGCAAAUUCAAGCGCCCCAAACCUUGGCUCACGAAACCCCGCCGGCCUCUGUAGAGAUCGCAGGACCCUAAAUAUUCUAUGAACGCCAAAACAAAAACAAAGUGCGUAUCACAUGCACGCAAGACGUCCUAUCACGUGCACGCCAAACUCACUUUUUUUGCGUAUAGAUUGCAGGCAAAGUGCAAAAAUCGUGCUACUGAUAUUUCAACCCUUUCGAAGCCCUCACAGCACGGCCACAAAAGCGCGUAUCAUAUGCACGCCGACGUCACUUCACGCGUACGCCACAAAACCUCAGUUCACGAACUUUCCCUUGAGGAACCCAAACGCGGUUUUCUGUACUUCUUUGGCCUUUUUAUCUAUACGCUCGCUUUCUUAGUUGGCAACCUCCACCCGAAAGGGAUGAGUGGCCACAAAAGCAGAUCGAGACAGUGAAUGAGCGAGCCCUCUCCUGGGACUCUGUCUUUUUGCUCAGGGUUGCAGGUUUGCCCCUUCACCACCGCCCAUGCGUCAGAUGAUGCUCGCGCGCUCCGACUAUAAAAGACGCCGGUGCGCCAUCCCGACCGGCACUCUCUUUCUCUUUCUCUGUCUUCCCGCAUCCACACACUUACUUCACUCGCUCGGUCCGUGAUCUCCAGCGCGCCAGCAUGAGCUAUUCCGGCGACAUGUACACGAGCAGCUCCUACAGGAAGAUUUUCGGAGAUGCGCCGCGGCGCGUCCCGACGGCGGGUUACCGCUCCGGAGCGCAGCUUCAGCAGCAACAUCAGCACCGCACCUACGGCUCUCCGUCCCCUGCGAUCGUAUCCUCAAGUUACCGGACCAAGCGCGGCUUCCAGCCCAUGCAGGACUCCGUGGACCUGACCCAGACCACCGCCAUCACCAACGAGCUGAAGAUCAUCCGCACCAACGAGAAGGAGCAGCUGCAGGGCCUGAACGACCGCUUCGUGACGUUCAUCGAGAAGGUGCACAACCUCGAGCAGCACAACAAAGUUCUGGAGGCGGAGGUCGCGCUGCUGCGCCAGCGUCACAGCGAGCCGUCGCGUCUGCACGACCUCUACGAGCAGGAGAUCCGCGAGCUGCGCGCGCGCGUCGAGGAGCUGACGCACGAGAAGAGCCAGAUGCACCUGGACUGCGUGCAGAUGAACGACGCGCUGGAGCGCCUCAAGGACAAGCUGGAGGAGGAGAGCCGGCUGAGGGAGGAGGCCGAGGGCAGUCUGAAGGGGUACCGCAAGGACGUGGACGACGCCACGCUGACGCGCCUGGAGCUGGAGAAGAAAGUGGAGUCUCUGCUGGAUGAGAUCGCCUUCCUCAGGAAGGUGCACGAGGAGGAGCUGCAGGAGCUCCAGGCGUCGCUCCAGGCCACGCAGGUGUCUGUGGAGAUGGGCGUGAGCAAGCCGGACCUCGCUGUAGCCCUGAAGGACAUUCGUGUCCAGUCACAGUCUCUCUCCCGGAACCAGCAGCAGGCGGAGGAAUGGUACCGCUCAAGUUCGUCCACGGUGACGAGGGCGGCGGCGCGCAACAACGAUGCCCUGAAGCAGACCAAAGACAGGCUGUGUGAGUACCGCCGACAGCUGCAGGCCCGCACCCUGGAGAUCGAGGCCCUGAAAGCCCACAACGAGGCUUUAGAGAGACAGCUGGCGGAGAUGGAGGACCGCCACAGCAACGAGAUCGGCGAGCUGCAGGACACUAUUCAGCAGCUGGAAUCCGCUCUGAGGAGCACCAAGGGUGAGAUGUCCCGUCAUCUGCGUGAAUACCAGGACCUGCUAAACGUCAAGAUGGCGCUGGACAUCGAGAUCGCCGCCUACAGGAAGCUGCUGGAAGGAGAGGAAUGCCGUCUGAGCUCUGUGGGCGGUGCCUUGCUACACUCCGCCUACUCUUACACGCCGAGCCGCACCUAUGCCCUGAGGAAGGGCGGAGCCAAACCCGAGACAGAGGAAGAGGAAGAGCAGGAAGAGGAAGAAGAGGAGGAGAAGGAAGAGGAAGGAGAAGAGGAGGAGGAGGAGAGGAGGAGGCCGAGAAGGAGAAGAACAGGACGGGGGGAGGCGGCGAGGAGGGAGGAGGAGGAGGAGGAAGAAGAAGAAGAACAGGAGGAUGAGAAGGAAAAGGAAAAAGCCGAUGAGAAGAAGGAAAAGGAAGAGAAGAAGAGCCCAAAGGAACAGAAAGAGAAUGAGAAAGAGAAAGAAAAGGAGAAGGAGAAGGAGAAGAAGAGCGAUAGCAAUAAGGCAGACAGCAAGAGCGCUAAGAGUGAGAAGGGGGACAAUAACAAGAGUGAGAAGACCUCGGCGCUCAAGAGCAAGUAAAGCAUCGACAAAAACACAUCCAGCGUCCAUCCAUCCAUCCAUCCUCACCUCACUGACCUCAUCUGGAUCUCUGCUGCUGACCCAAGAGUUCUGCUCAUCAUUUACUUUCUUACAAUAAGAGAGUGUUUCACACAAACCUCCGGAAGGAAAGA